UAGGGUUCCAACAAUCAAUCCUCUCCUUAAACCCUUAAACAAAAACCUCACCGAAAAAUACAGUUAGUGCGUGCUUCGAAAUGGCUUGGCGUGGUUCGCUUUCGAGAUCACUGAUCUCCACCGCUAGGGCUUCAACCUUACGCUCAUCGCCUGCUCUUCCUCGCCUUCGUCCGCCACCGCUCUCCGCCCCUCGCCUCCACACCCGACGCCGCUCCUUCACCAACCCCAGGACUAUGGGAGAACUAGGAUGCGCUCAGUCGCUGAUGCCGCUGUACAGCGUGGUCGCCCAAGGCCGCCUCCUUUCCGUCAAUGUGCGGGCUUGUUGCGAGCUGUCUCACGGUACCUUCCGUCGCACUUGUCAGGAUCGCUAAUAGUUUCUUUGU